CUCUUCUAAUAUAAUACUCCUCCGCAUCUCAGCCUCCCCCUCUAACCCCUUCCCCUUCUUCUUAACUCUAAUCCUGCACCCACUCCCUGCGUAUCCUGCGCACCUCCCCGCUCGAAAGCCACAACAAUGGGCAAAGGGGGAGCACUCUCGAAUGGCGUAAUAAAGAAGAUCGUCCUCUCCUACACGUACGUAGCGAUCUGGAUCUUCCUGAGCUUCACAGUGAUCGUCUACAACAAGUACAUCCUGGAUCGCAAGCUCUACAACUGGCCUUUCCCCAUCUCACUUACCAUGAUCCACAUGUUCUUCUGCUCUGCCCUAGCCUUCCUCAUCAUCCGCGUCUUCAAAUUCGUCGAACCCGUCUCCAUGUCUCGCGACGUCUACCUCUCCUCCGUCGUCCCCAUCGGCGCUCUCUACUCCCUCUCUCUCUGGCUCUCCAACUCCGCCUACAUCUACCUCUCCGUCUCCUUCAUCCAGAUGCUCAAAGCCCUAAUGCCUGUCGCUGUUUACUCCAUCGGAAUCAUCUUCCGAAAAGACUCUUUCAACUCCAACACCAUGGCCAAUAUGCUCUCCAUCUCCUUCGGCGUCGCCAUCGCCGCCUACGGAGAAGCCAAAUUCGAUUCCUGGGGGGUUUUUCUUCAACUCGGCGCUGUGGCUUUCGAAGCCACUCGAUUGGUUUUGAUUCAGAUCUUGCUUACUUCCAAAGGUAUUACUUUGAAUCCAAUCACUUCGCUUUACUAUGUUGCGCCUUGUUGCUUUGUUUUUCUCUCUGUUCCUUGGCUUUUCGUUGAAUUCCCUGUUUUGAGAGACACUUCCAGUUUCCAUUUCGAUUUCGCCAUUUUUGGGACCAAUUCGCUUUGUGCUUUUGCUUUGAAUCUUGCUGUUUUUUUGCUUGUUGGGAAGACAUCGGCUUUGACUAUGAAUGUCGCUGGGGUUGUCAAGGACUGGUUGUUGAUUGCGUUUUCGUGGUCCGUGAUUAAGGAUACUGUGACUCCCAUCAAUUUGUUUGGGUAUGGGCUUGCGUUUUUGGGUGUUAUGUAUUACAAUCAUUCAAAGUUGCAGGCUUUGAAGGCCAAAGAGGCGCAGAAGAAGGCUCAGCAGGCCGACGAGGAGUCGGGGAGGUUGUUGGAGGAGAGGGAAGGAGGGGGGGAUGGAUUGGGCAAGAAGAGCGAUUCGCAGGAUUGAUUCCAUUGUUAAACUAAUUUAGAAACACAAGAAAUGAAUUGGAGAAAAUGGGUAUGGAAAUAAAAUAAAAAAAACCAGGAAGAGAGGGGCUGAAGGAAAUUGGGUGACUCUCGAUCAGUUUCUUUCGCUCAUUCUGCAAGUUGUGGUGUUAGGAAUGUGGCUUAGAUUAUCCAUUAUCUAUUGCUAGUUUUAUUGUUGUUUUUCUUGCUGGUAUUAGGGAUUCGAGGUUCGUAGCUGCUGCUUAUCGGGGCCAAUUUUCAUGUAUUUUAGGAGAGUAAGAAUCUCAGUUACCAAAUUUCAACUUUUAAUUUUUGUAUUUGUUUUAUUUUUCUUUUCUUUUCUUUUUUUGUUCUUUUACUUUUAUAUGUGUAAGUGUAACUCUGUAGGAACCAUCCCAAUGAAGAACUUUUCUAGUUCUUAUUUUAUUCAUAUAUGCAUCUUUCUUGAUAUU